UAUGGGGAAAAAAAUAGUGUACGAGGAAGGAGAGUACAGUAGGGCAUCACCAUGAAAAUGCAAAAAUGAAUUCUAAAUUCAUUCUCUUACUAAAGCCAGCAAUUGUAUUCACGAUCACCGUCGCCGUCACCGGUUUCUUUGUCGUACUCCCUCGUCCGCGGACCCCGGUUUACGGCAGACCCGAUCCGAUGGCCCGAAGCUUUAUCAUGUGGCUCCACGGGUUGGGCGAUUCGGGUCCCGCCAAUGAACACAUUAAGAAUAUCUUCACUGCUUCCGAGUUCAAGACAACCAAGUGGUCUUUCCCUUCUGCGCCCGACAGCCCAGUCACCUGUAACCAGGGUGCUGUGAUGCCGUCAUGGUUUGACAUACAUGAAAUACCAGUGUCAGCUAGUUCCCCAAAAGAUGAAUCUGGUGUGAUCAAAGCAGUUCAGAACGUUCAUAUAAUGAUAGAUAAAGUGGUCACUGCUGGCACAAAUCCUAAGGACAUCUUUAUUUGUGGAUUUAGCCAAGGGGGUGCAUUGACCUUAGCAAGUGUUCUGCUAUACCCAAGAACUCUUGGAGGAGGUGCGGUGUUUAGUGGAUGGGUUCCUUUCAAUUAUUCUAUUCUUGAACAGAUAACACCUGAGUCAAAAAUGACACCUAUUUUGUGGUCUCACGGUAUGGCAGACAGUACAGUACUGUUUGAAGCUGGACAAGCCGGGCCAGCUUUCCUUGAACAAGCGGGCAUGUAUUGUGACUUCAAGGCUUACCCGGCCCUCGGCCAUUCAAUAACCCAGGAAGAGUUGCGCCACUUGGAAUCCUGGAUCAAGACUCGGCUGCAGAGCUCUUCCUAAACGCCCCCACCCCAUGAUAUUAUUGAAUUGCACCCUAAACAUCAUCCCACUCAAGUAUAAUGGGUUCUUGCAUUUGAAUCUUUGUGACCUUUCCUGGUCUCAUAAAUGCUGCAAUUGUUGAAUUAACUGCAGCCAUGUUCUCAUUUAUUGUUCUUCCUGCUCAUUGACUGUAACAACUUGCUGUCUUGAUUCAGGAAGUAUUCAAUAAAGUAUAAGCUUUGCUAUCA